UUUACCCCCAUCUCAUUCAAGUAUGUAUUAUUGUUAAUUUCUUUUUAGUGGCAACGAGGAGAUCUUGUGAAAUGUUUCACGAGUUGAACAUAAGCUGUGUUCAGCAUAUCAACAUGUCUAUUUCUUGUUUAACCACAACACACCCGCUGGAGUCUCUAACGGUGAAACUACGCAAGAAUAACCCGGUUAAAGACAUCCUGAUCUAUCCUGACAUCUCUCCAGCAUCAGAGCACCAGAGAUGGUCUGUGAGGAAACAUGCUGGAAAUGUUACACUUGAUCUGAAAGACGUCAGAUUAUCAGAUGAAGGCCUUUAUGAGUGUCAGGUUUACAAAGAUCAGGACUGCCUUAACGCAACUCGAUUUAUCGUGACAGUCAAAGAGUGUAAAACCUUGGAGCCUGUCUCUGCAACAUUAGGCUCUGCUGUGCUGCUGCCAUGCUUUGAACAUCCUCAACAAAACACAGCUGAUCAAGUCAUUUGGAAAGUCAUCGAAGGUCACCGGUCAACAGAUAUAACACAAUACCGCUCUUCAGCCAAGACCUCAAGCAGCACAGAGCAGCACAAACUCUCAAAGCCUCUGUUUGAGAGAGCAAAACGACUAGAAAAUGGUUCUCUGGUUAUAAGAGAUUCAGUAAAGGCUGAUGAACAGUGGUAUCAGUGCAGAGUGAAUGAAAAAACCUGCUAUGAAGUGAAGCUGCUGAUCAAAGUGGUCUCAGAUCCUUCAACUCCAGCUCCAGCUACUCAAAGCUAUGUGCACACGCAUGCAGAUAUAAAACCUGAUCUGACAGCAGUACUGAUGGCCACAAUCACAUCCCUGUUUGUCCUCAUAUUAUUGAUCAUCUGUGUGAGUCUUUAUUUCAAAAAGCGAAGGAGAAAAAUAAACAACCAAAGUAAGUCCAGAGCUGAAAUUCUGAAAAAGUUGAACUCUUCUUUAAAAGCAUGGUUUUAAUCACAAUAACACCUUUUUAUAGAGUAAAGAUGAAGUGAUGAUUGUUUUAAUAACAUGUUUAACAUGUUUGCUUGGGUUACCU